CUAAAUGGGCAGAAAUAUUAAAAUGAUAACACUUAAGAAAUAGUUUUAUACUUGUAAAAGGGGACAUUGGAUGCUAAAUUAACUUUUACAUGGCGUUUAAACUUAAAUUUGUCUUAGUAUGUAUACACAACCACCCUAAGCAUAAAAAUGUAUAAGCGUAAUAUGUUCAGUUAACUUAAUUUCAUUUGAUACAUGAACGUGUUUUUUUCCAGUAGGAAGCAUUGCAUAUUCGAUUACAAUUCCAUUUCAAAUACAAGAAUUACCAUAACAAACAAUUAAGUGAUUUUAGAAACUACUAACCUUUAAGAGUGGAAAUCUCAACCUCGUCGAGUCCAUCCAUGGUGAAAAACUGGCGGGAGGAGGAAGUGCCUUCGUCUCCUAAGUGAACUUUGGCGGGAUGAUUGCGUAUGCGUCUUAACAUUAAUGCUUCAUAGGGGUCAAUGCACGGUUACUCAUUGCGCAUGCUCAACGCGCGUUUUCUAAUUUCCUGUGUUUUUGUACGUGUUUGGUUUGGCGUGUAAUAAUAGUAGUUUUCCUGAUGUAACUGAAAGCCGCGGUUAAAAGAGACAUUUGUCGUCGAUUUUAAACUCAAUAUUUCUAUUGUUUAGCUGCGAAAUCUUUAUUUUAUUUCAAGGAGAAAAAUGAUUUGGCGCUGCGUUAUUUGUUAUGUAUUUGUUGCUCUUACUCUUAAAUCUUUGUUGAGUCACAUUAAUUUUGCACACAGUCGUAGUCCAGAUUUCCGCCUGGUUUGUGGAAUAGAUGGAUGCACUAAGGAGUACCGAGUAUACAACUCUUUUUGGUAUCACGUCAGGCGAACACAUUUACAGUAUCUAUACAGCGUAAACAGGAGCAGAACACUUCGCAGAGAGAGAUCUGUACACGAGGCAUCCAGCAAUAAUGUGUAGGCAGAUAGUGGGCCAACAUUGGUGGCUCAGGAAGAAGGGAACUCUAGAAACAGUCUGGAUAAUGGAAUGACACUGGUAAACACUGUGGAUCUACAACCCUCUCUUCCUGUGGAACAUUUUGGUGAUUUUGACACUGGCGAAACAGUGUUUUCUGGCAUAAACAGUAACUCCGUUUUGCCAUUGCCUCAGAACCUGGAAAUAACGUUGCAACAGGAUGCACUGAAUGAAACUUCAGAUUCGAAUCCCACUCUACUCAUUCCAAACAGGCCUUCGGAUGACUCAUGUUCUUCAAGCCUCCCCAAAGAAAACACGAAUGAUGAUGAUGUGCUGUCCAGACAUGCCACUGCUGUUGUGAUGACUGCUAGAGAGAAACAUCAUAUCUCACAGAGCGGAGUGAAUGACGUUGUGGCAGUGGUUCAGGAGUAUCAAGCUCAGUUAUUGAACAGUUUGAGGAGUCAGCUACAAACAGUGUUCAACAGACAUUCAGAAAGGAAGAUUCAACAAGAAGCUUUGAGAAUCUUUGACAGCUUUAAAGAUCCAUUUGCGGCCGUUUCAACAACAUACAUGUGUCAUAAAAGAAAAAUUCAGUUUUGUGGAAGCAGAAGAAGUUCCAGUUGGAUUAGCAGUAUGCUGUCAAAAAAGAGAAAAAACAUGAGACCUCUGCAUAAAAAACGUCUCGGUUACGGAUGUAACCUCGGUUCCCUGAUGGAGGGAACGAGACGUGUCGAACCGACAGAUGGGGUUCGUCCCUGA